AUGUCGGUCCUGAAGAAGCGGAAGCUCGACACGACGGCCGCCGUAGCGCCGCCCAAGGCGAAGAGCGCGAGGGGCGCGCACCCCGCGAAGACGAAGCCGCCGACGAAGCCGCCGCCGACGAAGCCUGCACCGCCCAAGCCUGCACCGCCACCCGCAGAGAGCAGCGCGGACGAAGAGGAGGACGAAGAGGCUGAAGAGGCUGAAGAGGCUGAAGAGGCUGAAGAGGCUGAAGAGGCUGAAGAGGUGGCGGAAAAGACGGCCGACGACGCCGACGACCACGCCGACGACGCCGCGAAGAAGACGUUCGCCGACCUGGGCGUGCGCGCAGAGCUGUGCGACGCCUGCGACGCCCUCAAGUUCACACACCCCACGCCCAUCCAGGCGCAGGCCAUCCCCCUCGCGCUCGAGGGCCGCGACGUCAUCGGCUUGGCAGAGACGGGCUCCGGCAAGACGGCCGCCUUCGUGCUGCCCAUCCUGCAGGCCCUGCUCGACCGUCCGCAGAAGAUGUUUGGCCUCAUCCUGGCGCCGACCCGCGAGCUCGCCUACCAGAUCGCCCAGCAGGUCGACGCGCUCGGCAGCAUCGUCAACGUCAAGUGCGCCACGCUCGUCGGCGGCAUGGACAUGGUGCCCCAGGCCAUUGCCCUCUCCAAGGGGCCGCAUGUCGUCGUCGCCACCCCCGGCCGCCUGCUCGACCACCUCGAGAACACAAAGGGCUUCUCGCUGCGUGCCCUCAAGUACAUGGUCCUCGACGAGGCCGACCGCCUGCUCGACCUCGACUUUGGCCCCGUGCUCGACAAGAUCCUCAAGGUCCUGCCCCGCGACGGCCGCCACACCUACCUCUUCUCCGCCACCAUGUCCUCCAAGGUCGAGUCGCUGCAGCGCGCCGCGCUGCAGAACCCCGUGCGCGUCUCCAUCUCCACGUCCAGCCACCAGGUCGUCUCCACCCUGCUGCAGCGCUACUUCUUCCUGCCGCACAAGCACAAGGACCUGUACCUGAUCCACCUGCUCAACGAGAACAUUGGCCACCCGGCCAUCAUCUUCACCCGCACCGUCAACGAGACACAGCGCAUCGCCAUCCUGCUGCGCACCCUCGGCUUCGGCGCCAUCCCGCUGCACGGCCAGCUCUCGCAGUCUGCGCGUCUGGGCGCCCUCACAAAGUUCAAGGCCAAGUCGCGCGACAUCCUCGUCGCCACCGACGUCGCCGCCCGCGGUCUCGACAUCCCCUCGGUCGACCUGGUCAUCAACCUCGACCUGCCCUCCGACAGCCAGACGUACGUGCACCGCGUUGGCCGCACCGCGCGCGCCGGCAAGUCGGGCAAAGCCGUGUCGUUUGUCACCCAGUACGACGUGGAGAUCUGGCUGCGCAUCGAGAACGCCCUGGGCGCCAAGAUCGAGGAGGAGGCCGUGCCCAAGGACGAGGUCCUCGUGUAUGCCGAAAGAGUGGGCGAGGCCCAGAGAGUCGCUGUCCGAGAAAUGAAGCUCAUCCACGAGCAGCGGGGGAAGAGGGGCGGCGGCGGAGGCGGGAGGGGCGGCAUGCGCGGGAAAAGGGGGAGGGCAGACAUGGACCGCGAGGAGGGUUAG